AGGUGGCGUAUGGAUUUACCUCCAAGCUAGGAAAUUGAUAGAUAGAUAGACACGUAAGAUGCACAUGUGAGUGGCUACCCCCUGUUUAGUGGUUAAUAGUAUUUGACGCGUCUAUGAGUGUAUGUUAAUAUAUAUCAUUGUCAAAAUGGUUUUGUUGGAGAAUGACACGUUCUUAACGGAACUAACCAAACUUUUUGACAAGUCGCGACUUUCUGGUUCGGUAGCACUCACUAUCAAAAGAUUUAAUGGAUAUAAUAAGCCAGUGCCCAGGAAAGGUAAGCCUUCUUUACCAACCCCAACAGAGUACUUUUGUCUAGUUCGAGCAUCUUUACGGUCCAAAAAGAUUUCCACUAUUAUUCAUUCCAAGGAGGUAAACAAAUUCCAACAGGCAUAUUGGAAUCUCUUGAAGACAAAUAUAAAUGGAUUGAAAAAACUGAAAAAAGCAAAAUCGGUAAAACCGAAAGUGCACUAACCUAACAAGUGUGAACACCCAGGGCCCGGCGGAUAUCGAUCCCACCGCUGCCACCAAAUUGUCAUACCCGUGGUGUCGAGCACGAGGAAAUGGAUCUUGGAUUCGGCGUUGUGGGCGCGGUAGAGUGUGAGACGGUGGAUAAUCACGAAGAUUAUAGUUGCGUUUUUUAGUAAAACAGAUUUUAUGGUAACUCCAAAUAUUGAUUAAUUCGUUUAACUCCCGAUGUUACAAUAUAAUAUAGUGUACACGACGGGCGCGUAAUUCUCGGGCGCGAGACCAGAAGAAGUUCGCCGCACGGUCUUCUCUGGUCUUUUUAUAAUAGCUAUUAGACCUUAUCGUAGAAGGUGGCUUAGGCAACAAGGAAUUUGCUGAAUUUGCUGGAUUGACCCGGCACGUGCUAGCUCAAGGCCGAGGCGCGCAAUGUGCAAGGUGGUGUUUAGUGCAGCGCUUGCACUUCCGCUGCCGGGUUAUAGCGCGGUCGAAACAAUUCUUUGUGAAGCGUUUCGGCAGCGCAUAAAAUGAUGUUUUAUUUUACGAUUAUAACAUAGAUAUGUUGCUAAUGCAGUCUACCCAGAUAACAAAAUGCAUGCAAAAUAAUCUCACAGUACGCGCACGCGUGCGGGAUUACUCGUACGGCGUGAACGUUAUACGCCUGACAGAUGUGUCCUCAAUUAAGUGCCAUAUUGCUUGCACGCAUGAGGAUUCACGUGUGAAAAUAAAAUGUCAUUCAGGCAUGCGAGCGAUAUGAACCUCAGUUGAGUGUUGAAUGAAUGAGCAUUUUAUUUUUAUGUAAAUAUGUUUAUUUUUAUUAUAUCAGAUAAUUUUUUAUAAAUAUAGAGUGACAAACUUUUUGUACAGCAAUUUAUAUGCGGAUAGAACACAUUACAUUGCACAGAAAAGUCGAAUUUCGCUAAAUGAUAUUUAAUUAUAAACUUAAGAGAGAAAAAAGUAACCAAAAAAUCAUAAAAGAAAAAUAUAAAAGAAAACUAUAAAUAAAAGAAAACUAUAUAUCCUCAUAAAAGAAAACUAUAUAUCCUCUUCAUCUGUGUAUUUAGAACCGCUGGAUGAUGAUUGAAUGGAUUCUUCAUUUGGAAGGAAUGGAUCUUCAUCUGGAAGGUUGCGGUUCAUUUGUUUCUUGUAGCGUUGUUUCACCGCUCGCAACACUUGUAGUAUAUGGAUCUUUAUUUCGUUUUUAUCAAUGAGUCCUCGAAAAAAUGGACACCUUUUAACUGCAUCUGUAAAAGAUUAUAUUGUACAAUUACACAGAUACUUUCAUAACGAGAUCUUUUGAAAUAUUAAUUUAGGAUAUUUUAUAUAAAGUGUUCCAUUUUAAUCAAUACAAUCGAUUUUCUCAAAACGUAAAGGAGAGACGAAAAUAUGUUUCAAACUAAAGUUUUAUAGUUUCAAAAAGGAUAGAAAAUGACUCCAAUUUAAGAUUGUCAACUUAAUUAUAGGAUGCAAUAUUUUCUAUAUUUUUUCACAGCGGCUGUUCAUUUUUUUAAAUGAAAGUCAACGUUUUCAUCGAAAUGAAAGUUGGAGCUAGCAAUGAGACGAAUACAAUAGUUUUUGUAAAUGUUGAAUCUCCUCACUUCUAACAGAGCUCCAAAGUUUUUAUUAUCUUUACAACUUUGGAAAACUGUUACUCCAAAAAAAAUCACGAUUUUGAAAUUCAAAAAUUUGACGAGUUUGUCUCGGUAAUAGUUGUAAUUGUUAUUGGAGGAAAAACUCGAUUAUCACAAAAAAAAAUUUUUUUUUUAUAUUUUCAUUUAUAAUUGAUUUUUUGUCAAAUGAAAGUUAUAUAAUAAAGUUUAUAUUAGUAUAAAGAGAUAAAAUCAUAACAUUUUUGAAUUUGAUAAUUGUGUGAUUUUUCAUAGUGUAACAGCUAUCCAAACUUUGAAAAAUAAUCAACUUUGAAGCUCUAUAAAGGUACAAAGUAAUCCGAUUCGAAAGUUGCAAAAACCGUUGUAUUUGUCUUAGAUUAGACCAGCUUUUAUUUCGAGUCAAAAAUCGACUUUCAUUUGAAGAAAUAGCCGCCAUGAAAAAUUUCGAAAAUGACGCCACGUACAAUUAAGUUGAUAGUCAUCUACUAUCCCCCUUGAAACUAUAAAACUUUUGUCUGAAACAAUUUUUUGUAUCUCCCUUUAAUUUUGGAAAAAAUGGACUGUAUUGAUUAUGAGGGUACAUCAUAUGUCUCUAUUUUAUACAUAUAAAACCUCUCACAAUAUACGAUAUUGAUGAGUUUUGUUUUGCUAAACGUUCUUGUGCCAGGAUCACCCAGCCAUGUGAAGUACAUCAAUUCAUCUGUCAAUAAAAAAUUUAAUAAUAAUAAUAAUAUUGUAUUAUAUUGUAAAGAAGAGUCGAUAAACUUUGUAACACUAAUAUACCCAACAAUAUUGAUUCCUUUUUCGUGACUUGGGCGAAGAAAAAUAGACAAGUGCAAAGUUUUAGACAUAAGUCUGUGGUAGUAGUCACCGCAAGACUUAUUAAGCUUGUGAAUUGUACAAUAUAUUAUACAUAUGUAAGUACAGAUAAAUGUAAUAAUAAUGUACAUUUCUUGUACAAAUAUAAUUCACUUGGACAUUUUUCAGGCCCGAGCUACAAAUCGCAUGGAAACAAUAUAAUUAAGCAUCAAUUGUGUAUGUGUGUGUGUGUUUAUAUGCGCUAAGUGAUUACACAAAACUCCAUUAGCUGUGUAAUAAUUGCAUGUAUUUUUUCAUUUGUAAAGGUUAUUUCCUAGUCGUUUCUUAAUUAAGAACUAUGCUCAAAUGAUGUUUUGAAAAAACACAAUUUCAUCUG